CUAACCAUGACUAAUCACCUCUAUCGUUUCACAUGUGAAACUUAACACCCUUGUUUACCUGCAAAAACAUGCCACUUAAUUACAUUCCUUCAAUAUAAGAUAAUAUACUGCGUAUUUUUUCCGCCCAAAAAAUAUACACUUGAUAAUAAAACAACUUUUAAUUAAAAAUCUUCAGUUGAUCUUAAAACAUCAAUGUCUUAAGAACAAAAUCGUUGAAAAAAAUGUUUCGUAUAGUUUUAUACUCGUUGCUUUCAACUCAAUUCUUGAGUUGCUUAAUUCAGGCAGCCACUUUUCCUGAAUGUGCAAGUGAAACUGCGGGGAAUUUUAUAGCUGUUGCUAGUAAUUGUUCCAAGGCUAUAUAUUGUGAUGGUGAGGAUUCAAGUAUAGUGGAGUGUGAUUUCAGUAGACCUUACUUUUCAAGCACUGAUCAAAAUUGCUACACUGAGUCGAGCAUAUGUGGUGAUAGGCCAUUUGAAGGGGGAAAUGAUGCUACUCCGGCUACUCCAGCGAUGCCCUCAAUUGCCACAACCGGAGCUUCUACGUUAACUACCAUUUUAACACCACCCACAAUAGUUACCGUAACCUCUACUCCCUCUACAACAUCGUCCCCAACAUCUACUCUAGCUACCACAGUUGUAACAACACCAACUACAAUUGUUAUCCCUACCACCUGGCCUCCUAUAGUUACCACUUCCAGCACUGGAAUCACCUCAACAGCUACCGAUCCUUCUAUCUCCUUAACUUGUCCGCCUGUAGAUGAUCCCAGUAGACCGAUAUUUCUACCACAUCCCAAAUCUUGUUCACAAUAUUAUUUGUGUUAUCAUGGUGUAGCCACGAUCAUGCAAUGUCCCAAUAUGUUACAUUUCGAUGUAACCCAACAGAGUUGUAAUACAGCGGAAAAAGUUAAUUGUCAGAUAAGCGCCGUUAUACCACGCGAUCAGUGUUUGCCUCAAACUGUCGAUGUUUAUCCUCAUGCUACCAAUUGCAAUUAUUAUUAUUUGUGUAAAUAUGGCUAUUUGAUGGUUAUGCAGUGUCCCUUUAAUAUGGGCUGGGAUUAUGAGAAGAGAGCCUGUGUCGUGAAGUCGAAAGCUAAAUGUUAUAAUGAGGCUUUAGUAAUUUAAAUUUUAAAAUCAUUUUUCUUUGGUUGUUAAUAAAUAUUAAGACGUUGUGUCUUUUGUGGACUUUAGUGAGA